AUGAAAACUACCAAUGAGUAUGUGAAACUUUCGUCAACAAAAGCCACAACAUCCAGAAGAACCGCGCCUCGGCCCUCUGUGCUUCAGGACCUUCAGUCUGGGAGCGCACACCUCCAGUCCAGUGACGCACACCUCCAGUCGGACAUACCCGCGCUCCCGGACGUCUCUGUGACCUGCUCCAAGUCUGACUUCGUUGUGCGGGUCAAAAGUGGUUUCUACGGGCUGGACGCUGACUCCACUGAGCUGAGGCUGGGGAGCACGUGCCAAAGCAACGGCGUGCUGCGUCCUGACGGUGACCUGCUCUUCUCCUACCCGCUCACUCAGUGUGACGGUGUGCGUGAGUUGUUGCCCGGUUAUGUGGUCUACAAGUUUGUUCUCCACUAUGACCCCCGUCCAGAGCAUUUUCCAAGUAAACCCCAUCCGAUUACUGUCAACAUUGAGUGUCGUUAUCAGAGGAACCACUACCUGCAAAUACCUGCCAUAAAGCCCACAUGGGAGACUCGCGUUGUACAUAAAAGGCUGAGGGCAAGUCAAACCAACUUCCACAUACAGCUGAUGGAUGACACAUGGACAAAUCCUGUCAAAUCCAGGGUGUUCCAGCUUGAGGAAACUGUCAACGUCCAGGUCUCUGCUCCUCACUUACCUCCAGGACAAAAACUCUACAUCAACAGCUGUUAUGCAACUCCAGUAACUCACUCCAAAUCCAAUGUAAAAUGUACUAUUAUUGACAAUUAUGGCUGUUUAAUGGACAGUAAGAUGGAGCCAGGUGCAUCAAAGUUUGUCGCUCGAACAGACAAGAGUGUGAGAUUCUCCUUAAAGGCCUUUCAGUUUGUUACUGACCCUGAUGCUGAGAUCAGUAUGAGCUGCCAGUUGUAUGUCACAUCUGCUGGUCCGAGCCCAGCACACAAAUCCUGCACAUAUACACAAAAACGGUGGGAGGCCCUCUCCGGUGAUGAUGUCAUAUGCAAAUGCUGUGACUCUCAAUGUGUGACCUCCAUACGAGAAAGAGCCAUGAUGGAUGGCAUUACUAGCAGUGAAUCCUUGUGGGUAUCCAGCCAUCCAGAUUACUCCAGCUAUAGAAUAAAUAAAACUGGUGUGGACAAGAUGCGUGACAGUGCAGAAAAGACCAGAAAUCCUGAGCAAAAGCAAGUCAAAAGCAAGUUAAAAAGCAAGCAAAAGCAAGUUAAAGAAACUGCUGCUAUAACUGAAACUGAGAUAAACAGCAAGGAAUCAUCUUAUUUAGAAGAGUUUAAGUGGUAUACAGAAGAUCCUGAAGAUGAGAAAGUGCAAGCUGUUGAAAGCAAUAAUAUGUUGGAUGUAAAGCAGGUCAGUUCUACCAACGAGAGGCUGGAAUAUCAAAGGAUGAAACCAGAAGCUGUGUUAAAAGAAAAAGCUGCACAGUCAGUGGAUCCUGAUGGAAGUGCGAACACAGAGAGCAAGCGAGUGUUGAAACAGAACAGUGAUGAGAAUGUGAGAGAUGGAAAGGACACUACUUGGUAUUUCACUUGGAGAUAAUUUCUUUACAAAUGCUCAUGGUGGGAUUUGAUUUUGCUUUAUUAAAUUGAAACACUGAGCAAACUGUUGUGCCCCACUUCUUGCUAGAAAUGUGACAAUAUUAGUUACGAUUUUAAGAUUGUUCACAAAUCACCCUAACUAAAAAGCAAAAACCAUACAAUAUUUUCAUUCAUAAUGUCAAUAAUGCUCUGACCAAUUUUAUGAAAUCGAACUU